UCUACUUUUCAGUGUUUUUCCCUUCGCUCAUCUCGACACAUUACAGGUACUACUGACCACUGCAGACACCGCUAAAGUGCUGCAGCAGAAGGUGCCGUACGUAAGUGGUCACAACAGACAACUGAGUUGUAUAGAAGUAAAGAGUGCAUAUUGCAGGUCGAUAUUAAACAGAAUCUGGUGUCUAUGGACGAACUAAGGAGCAGUCGAAUUACAUGCAAUAAUACGGUUCAAACGUUUAAGAAUGAACCCACAACAACAACGAUACACCUGAUGUAUUGCUGCUAUUUGACAGGCGAACCAAUCCACUUCGUAUUUAAACGUACAUGCUAUCCAAAGGUUUCACUAUGUGUUUUUCAGAGAGGACAAUAACUCGUUUGGAGGUCACGAAAGCGAAUCUCGACUCACCUCGGCCGACAAACCCUUGAACUCUCCACAUGGUCGCUUCUUUUUCACAGUUUCAGGCCCGAGAAGCGACCUAUCCCGAUUUCAGCUCCAUUUGAGAAGAUGGUGAGACUCGGAACAAACCUAGAGUUUGUCCAAGUGACGUCGCAGCAGAGCUGAUUCGGUUUUUAAUUGUAAAUAGAAGCAGUCACGCGCUGUGACGCUGACGAAACGACCCGGAAGUUCUGUUGACGAAGCAAUAUAGCGGCGCAGCGUGCAUCGCCUCCACGUGGUUGAAUUGUGAAACUACAGCAAACAAUAGAAACCACCAUCGAGAAUUGUUCAUAUAGUUGAUGGUGCAGCCUCUCAACAAGACGGUUGCAGAUUCGAGGAAGGUCAAGCUCUUGGUUUCGAGUCGUGAAGGUUUGCAGCGGUUUGUUGGCUGCAAGUGUGUGAGUAGUGUUAAUUCUACAUUCACAUAUAAAACGCUUUUCAUCGCCAACAUAGGGAACAUUUUCAAAUAUCAGGAAAAUGAACGUGAAAGCCUGAAGGUGCAUGUUAACUGAGUUGUCAUAACUCAAAAAAACAUUUUGUUAAUAUUAACAUCAUAUGUCUACUUCCAGAUGCUUCCAGAAUUUUUAAAUAACUGAAAAUGAUGUUAUACUGUGGCCAUUGUUAAUGGUUUUAAAAUGAAUCUGAUGUAUGACUAUGAAAAUAAAUAAAUUCAAAAUAGUGUAAUGUAACUGUCUACUUAAACAAUUUGAAGAUUAUUCACUCUAGGAGCCGUGCUAUAAAAUACAGUAAAUUAUCAAUGAAUGUUGUAUAUUAAUGUACUGUGUGGAGAUCUAUUUCAUUGUAUCAUGUCUUAACUUGAAUGAUCUCUUCCCGUUUCGAUCAUGGACUCCAGUCAUCUUUUUAUCCUCCAGGGUCAAACAGCUGUGGACUCCCGCUGGAUUUAUUUUCUUAGCUGUGCAUGCUGGUGCGUCCAAAGUUCAAGGUUAUGUGCGGGUGUUUCUUAUCUAGUCACAGGCUUUGACUAUCCUCUGGAGGUGCUGCUGGAGGUGAAUUUAGGAUUACAGAAGAUUUGCUCAAAGCACUGUCUCCCUCACUGGUGCUUUAGGUUCUGUUUGUCUUGAGGCACACUCCAGUCCCUUCAUAAUGUAGUAGAGAAUAAGACAUGAAAAAUACUUAAAGAGUAAAAACAAUAAUCCACCGUGACAAGAUUUUCAGUUGGGAUUUUUGUGUAAGAUUGUGUAUUGUAAAAUUGUAAAUGUCCCCCCUGCCCCACAUUGUGAGAGAGAAUGGGUGAGAAAGGUCAAAUUUGUGUAGUAAAGAAGAGAAAGGGGGGUUGGAGGUAUUAAGGGGGGGCGUCUCACCCCUUCCCUCUCGCCCACUAUAUUCUCUCCCUCUGGUCUCCUUGGUCACACAUCUUCACACACAAACACUGACGACGGCUUCGUCCCGCUAUGGCCUCCACCCCAGAGGAGAACUCUCCGGUCCAGGCCACAAUAGCGACCCAGCAGCCUGACAUGGACUCUAGCAUAGAACCCGGCUCAGCAGAACCUCCUGAGCCCAGCACAACCCAGUGUGAUGGUGAACAUGAGGAGGAAGUGAAGUGUAUCCCAGGGCAAGAAACUGAAGGAGGUGAGAGUGUGGACCCUGAGUGGGUGGAAGAGAGGUUCAGGAUUGACAGGAAGAAGCUGGAGAACAUGCUGUAUGCCCCCAAACAUGAGGGCACUGAAACUGGCGAGGAGUUUUUCGAGAGAGUGAUGAAAGAAACCGACACGCGGGUGAAAUGGCCUUCAAAGUUGAAGAUUGGAGCAAAGUCGAAGAAAGACCCACAUGUGAAGGUGGAAGGGAAAAAAUCGAAUGUUCUGGAGGCCAAAAGGAAGAUACUCGACAUCCUGGAAACAAGGGUCAACAAAGUGACUCUUAAAAUGGACGUCGCGUACACAGAACACUCCCAUGUCAUUGGUAAAGGCGGUGGCAACAUCAAGAAGGUGAUGGAGGUCACUUCCUGCCACAUUCACUUCCCGGACUCCAACCGGCACAACGCUGCAGGAGAGAAAAGCAACCAGGUUUCUAUAGCUGGACCUGUCGAGGGGGUGGAGGAGGCCAGGAGGCGGAUCAGAGACUUGCAGCCUCUGGCUUUGACCUUUGACCUUCCAGUCUCCCUGGCUCCCCAACCCUUACCAGACGCCGGCUCGCCGUUGAUUCAGCAGGUUGUGCAAACCUUCGGGGUCAGUGUGACCUUCAGAUCAGCGCCUCCUCCUCAGCAGACACAGCCAUCCCUCUAUGGAAGCUGCUGCACCGUUUGGGGAUUGCAGGGGAACACAGAUCUGGUCAAGAAAGCAACCUGCAUUUUGAUGGAGCUGCUCUUAGGGUCAGAGGUCACGGGGGCUGUCGUGAGCAGCCAGCUGGACGUCACCUCGCAACAGCACCUCUUCCUCCUGGGGCAAAAUGGAGCCCACUUCAUGAGCGUCAUGCACCAGACGCAGACCCAGAUCGUUCUGCCGGACCUCAGAGCUCCACAAAACCCUCCAUCCCUGCUCAUACAGGGAAGUCCAGACGGAGUGUGUCUGGCCCGGCAGCAGCUGAUGGACUGUCUGCCGGUGUGUUUGAUGUUUGACAUGCGUGAAGACGCUGCGGCGGAUCCUGGUGCACUGGCUCAGAUGAUGCAAAACCUGGGAGUUUUCAUUAGCGUCAAGCCAAAAGUGAAACAGACCAACAAGUCUGUGGUGGUAAAAGGUCUGGAGCGAAACAUCCUCUGCCUUUACGAGGCCCGCCGUCAACUGCUGCGGUUGAAUACUUGUGAAUCCACCAAGGUAACCAGAAUGACCUUUGACCCCACGCCAGCCGGCAGCGAGCUGACCAACUACUGGCUCAACAUGCUGCUGCAGCAGCUGCGUCUCUCCGAACAGGGCCACGCAAACACUCCUGCUGCCGAAGCGUCGAGUGCGCCGAAACCUCGUCCUCUACCUCCACCGGGCCUCAGUGCCCCACCAGAAGAGGGGAGGGCAGGAGUGAAGGGAGCUGAUAACCGACAGCUGGGGAAGAUUCUGGAAAGCGAGGACCAAUCCGGCCAGUCAGAGGAUGAGAAUUCUGUCCCAGUACUCACAUCAUCUGACGACUGUAACGCAGAGAAAAUGGGCAGACUGGGGCUGGCGGGGAGGAGGGGGAGCCUUCAGGGUCCGGAAUUUACUAAAGUCUUCAGUCUGGGUCGCCGCCAUUCGACUGGUCAGGCUUUAACAUACAGAGUGCUGAAUGCAGAGCCGGAGCGGGUGAGGAGCGAGCGGAGGAACAGUCUGAGGAGGGACAUGUUGAUGGGUCAGGAGUCUUGCGGCGACUCCUCCAAAGAUGAGGAUCAUGACUAUGAGAAGAAGAAACUGCUGGCAACAAGAGCGAUGCAGAGGAAGCCGGUUGUCACGGAGGUGCGGAAGCCCACAGACACCUGGAGUGGCCUUGGCUUCUCAAAGUCCAUGCCUGCCGAGGCUGUCAAGGAGCUGCGCAACAUCAGCCGGCGCAGCUACAAACCGUACCUCAGCACCACCCAAGGACAGUCAUGGGCCUCACAAAGUGGAAAGAUGUGCAGCGGCAGCGACUCGGAGAACUGGAGAGAAAGACGUGGCUCCACACUGUCGUCUUUUCCAACCUCCUCCACGUCUUCAUCCUCCUCUUCUUCCUCUCCAUCCACACCGCCGUCAAAUUUCUCCUCCUCCAUGUCAGCCUUUCCAGCAUUUGCUACAAACCGAGGCCGGAGCGACAAAAACUCCGAGAACGGCGGCGGCUAUUAUGAAGAGGUCAGCUCAUCACGGAGGACGUCAGUUUGCAGCCAGAGAAGCCCCUCCCCUCAGAUGACAGAUGACGACCUUCCUGACCUUCUCAACCAGCUGGGACUGAUAAAGUACAUCGACGUGUUUGAUGAGCAAGAGAUCGACUACCAGACUUUCCUCACACUCUCCGAUGACGAUCUGAAGGAGGUCGGCGUCGCCACAUUUGGAGCCAGACGCAAGAUGUUGCUGGCGAUUGCAGACCUAAACAAGAGCAAGAGGAGGCUGUCGGACACGCCGGCUGUGAAGUCUGGAUAUCUGGAGGGGGGAGCUAGUGGGAGACUUCCUCGCAUCGUCGACAUGGAGAUUGCAUCGCUGAGUAAUCGCUGGUGAAGUGUUUUGACCACGGCAAUGAAACUUUAACUGGUUUUACUGAGACUUGCCCGUGUUCGGUGUUUUUUGCUUUGCUUAUUAAAAUGAUCUCUCACAGCACGCAGCAUUAAAACGACAGAGGUUGUUCGACCUCUGAAGAAACCGUAAACUGAACACUGUACUUCUCUCCUGUGGGAUCGUUCGAGUGCCUUGUCUGGUGCAACAUUUCACUUUGACCGUGUUGACCUCAAGUAUGCAAGUGUAAAUACAAUCGUUUUGGGAUCAUGACAAAUAA